AUGGACGUCACAUCGCUAUUGAACGUAUCGUGUGGGGUAGGAGGAAGACUACAAGGAGGAAUCCAGGGAGGUCUUCCAGUUGGGCUACAAGGAGGGUUUGAAGGAGCGCUUCACGGAACACAGCAAGGAGAAACGCACCGGAGGGACUCUGUCGACAGUUCAACCCCUUCUGCCACGGGCGAGACCACGGCAACCUCUACGGCAGUUCCCAACACUCCGUCACCACCCGGUAGCAGAGCAACUUCGCAAAGAAGUGGGUCCGACUCUCCCAACGAGAGCGUGGCCGUUACCAAUCACAGGAAUCGCACGCCGUGGGACGCUGGAGGCUAUUCAUUACCAUUGUCUUUGAGUAUUGAUCCCAAGUCUAUCCCAACUAGUGGUGAAUGCCCAAGGCCCGCCUGUCAGUCACCACCUGCCAGCCCCAGCUCCCCAGGCCAUAAAUUCUCUCUGUCGAGGAGUUCCCUUUCUUCCUUCACCUCUGCCACAACCACAGCUUCGGACUUUUCCCGUACUUCAUCACUUUUCUCCAGGCAUCCGAACAAAUCAGAUUCUUGGUCAUCGGCCCAGUAUCAAUUUCAUCAACCACCUGAUCUUCGAACAAGUCCCAGUCAUCGGAACCUGGACAUGGCACCCGAACAGGUUGACCUCACCAAUAUUGACGAGGACGAAGAUGUUCAGACUUCGCCUCGUGUCAAGCUCGAGAACCACAGCGACAAUUACCGCUCCGCUGCUAUCGGUUUCAAUGGCAACAAUAACAACACAACCCGCGGUCACAAUCAGGUAUUGCCCCUUCGAGCUCAGUCACCCAGCGACGUUAUCAUCCCCCGUCGCGGGCAGUCAAACUCAAACGGGAGCUUGAAUAGCGCUCACGAUCUUCUUUCCUACGAAAACAAUGAAGACACAGUCAUUCCCCACCGGCGAGUGGCAUCCGAACCUAAUCUGCCCGUCGGGCCUCCUGGCACCGUCGGCCGGUUCUGGAUCGGACCAGAUCUAUACAACUACCUCGUCCCUGACGUUUGCCAGGAUCAUACCGAGUGUGUUCGGAUGCUCGACAUUGACAAGCCUCCUGAAUGCUCCGUCAUGACGCCCUGCACACUCCCUGAUGCCAAGAUUAACAUGCGCAAGUCCAUGUCCCAUAUUUUUGGCAGAAACAAAUCAUGCACCCGUGCCGUUCCUGACCAUGUCUGGCUGAUGGUGUGCCGCAAGCACUAUCAGCGAGCGAGAUAUCGAUCUGACAUGAACUACCAAUCAACCUUACUUCAAAGGAUUAUCAUCCAGGUUGUGCGUAUUCAGGUCUGGAGUAACGACAAUGAGAGGAGCGGCAAGGACGGCAUCUUGAAAGAUUGGACGGUUGCUGUCAGGCGCCGCGAGGCGAAACGGAUCGAUGACGCCGACAAGGGGAAAAGAAAGGGGUCCAAGAAGCGCACCCGGGUCGAUGCCGAGGCAGAGGAAGAUGAGAUGGAUGACGCCGAUGAACCUGAUCUUGAUGCGGCUAUCCAUCAGGCAUCCUCGGUGCCUGUCCCUGAUUGGUAUCAGGGCUUGUGUCGUGGUGGCUACAGCACGCUUGAAGUCCUUGACAUUCUCCGACGCAUUGACAAUGACAUGGUCGCCGGCCUUCUUUCUGCUGUCCCGGAUAUUGAGCUUCUCCCAAACAUUGAAGGCGCUCACACAGCGAAGAAGACAAAGGCCAAGACAAGCUCGGCUCACAGACGCACACAGUCCAGUGGUGCCGCGUUAAGGACCUCUGCUCCCCGAGCUGCGGCAGCUCCUCGUAGAGCUAGCCAACCCAGCACCAUUUCGCCCGAGCACGACUUUUCCAGGCCACCUCGGUCUGAAUUCACAUUCGAACGAAAUCCCAACCCUACUUAUCCCCCAGUACCCAGGGACACAGAUGUGACGGCACGCACUUACGAUAGCCCGCGCACCCUGGAACCAACAUUGUCUCAAAGCAACACUCAGUAUGACUCUGGCACCGGCACUUCCAACCAAGAAUCUCUGCCGACAUACAAUACGCAGCGAUAUGAUGCUCAGACCAACCGGACAGUUCCUCAAUACGGCAGUGCUUCCAAUUACGAUCGAAACGGCAUCUAUGAAUUGGACUUUGGCCGCCGCUCUGGGCACCAGCGAUCUGUUUCAGAUGCUAGCUUCAACCAGUGGGCCACUCCAACCUUCUCCCAGGGGUAUUCAACUCCUGCUUACCCAGUCGCAACAUCCAACUACCCUGCUGCGUCUGGUUAUCCUAGCAACAGCUUCUCGGGCUACCAACCCGCUCCUGCUCCGAUGAAUAACUUUACAUCCAGCGGGUCUGACUUUCGCGCUUCCAACAAUGGGUACCGUGCAAAUGAUUACAGCAGCUAUAGCUACAAUCAACGAAACCAGCACUCCAACCCCGGCUCGGCCUUCCACGGUUCCAACAUUAAGCAUGUUCGCAACCACAGCAGUCCGGUGUAUGGCACCACGGGGUACACAUCCUCAGGCGUGAACCAAACGGUCCCAGCUUCGGCCCCAGCUCCGGCCCAGACGUAUGGCUAUGAGCCUCGCUGGUCGGGUUACCAAACGCCCACUAUCCCAGCCAUGUCUGGUGUAAACGUGCUGCCCGAUCCCCGCCGUGCGUCCGCGAACGUUUUGGGCAGUCCGUUUGGCUCAUCCCAGCUGGCUCCGGCUCCUGCUCGCCGUGCGAGCAUGGUUCCAUCACAGCAUGGCAGUCAGGAGGGAGGGGCUUAUGCUGCCCCUGGAUCCGCUAGUUCACACCAGUGAUGAUCCACGCCUCCAACAUCCAGGUUUAUUGCAUCAUGCUUAGUGCGGCAGUAUCGUCAUACAAAGCAUAGUCACAAGCACCAACACUAUCUGGGGUUUCGUGAAGUGCCAGUACCCUGCGUGCCGGCUCGCAAAGAGUUACUGGCAUUUUCGCGCAUCUUCCCUUCAUCACAUUGCCUUGUCUUUUUAUUUCAUUUCACGGCGACGGUUUUGGUAUCGGUAUUUCUCGGCUAUUUCUCUUUUCCCUCACUCUCAAUUAUACCCGCCAUGCCUUUCUCUGCCUUUCUUUUCUCGGUCUUUUCAAUCGGCUCGCUACAUCUCGUUCAUCGUUUGCCAGUCUUUUCCAGUUCAGUUUGUCUUUCAGCGCGCUCAUAAAAAGUUCGGCAAACAUGGUAUAGGGAUCACAGAACUGGAAGGUGACGGGUCGGAGUUCAACUGAGGAGGUUUAAAGCUUUCAUGGGAUGGGCUGUUGUGUUUGAUACAAACACACGGGACGAAUAGUAAAGAAGGGUAGGGACAGGAAGAGAAGAUUACGUUAAUGAGGUCGGUCAUUUGCUUUUGGGAUAGGAUGGGGGGUCAGGGGGUCUUGUCCUUUCCGAAAUGGACUGUGAGGGUGGCGGUAGUCCAGAGAAACAAGAUAAAAAAGGAGGAGGUUCGUGUAAUAUAUGUUAGAGAUAUCCUUGUUUUUCUUUUGUGUGAUUUUGGUGGGUGGAGAUGUGGGAUAUGUGACAAUUUGAACUGAAGUGUUGAUUCCAGU